UUCAGGAAUUGCCGUGGCAGUGAGUGCAGUAUCUGGACUAUGCUGUGUCCGCAGAUCUACAUCUUUGUAAAAUUGUAUUAGUCGAUACGUAUUGUUAAUUCAUUGGUGGUUUGUUACACGGGAGUUGCAUUGCAGCUAGACAUUGGAGCUGAAGUCUAUACAAUGAAAGAGGGAUUGAAUACCCCUGACUCCCUGACCCGGUCCUAGCAGCAGGCACCACAUUCGCCCCCACCAUGGACCACGAACCCUAACCCACCACGGACACUGAACCCAUACCCACCAUGGACCACGCACCCUAACCCACCACGGACACUGAACCCAUACCCACCAUGGACCACGCACCCUAACCCACCACGGACACUGAACCCAUACCCACCAUGGACCACGCACCCUAACCCACCACGGACACUGAACCCUGACCCACCAUGGACCAAGAAGAAACCAGCGACCCUGCCGCGGCACCACCUCCACCUCAGGCCCCCGUCCCAGACGACCGCGUCACCUGCAGGGGCACGGUGGGACCCCUGAAGGAGAACUGGCAGCAGUGGUCCAGCGACCACCAGGCGUCCCAGAAGCAGAACCCCUUCAGCCAGCAGGUCUGCGGGGCCCCCCCGGCGGGCCUCCCUCAGAGGGGCCAGCGCGGCUACGGGAGGCCCUUGGAGGGCUCCAUGACGGAGCGACGCGGGAGGGACGCUCACACGCACGUCGGCCGGGAGGUGGAGGAGCUGUGCGCUGCCAUCAGAGCCAUCGGCCGGCGAGGGGAAGAAGGGGGGACGGGGAGCGUCACGGUGGAGUUCGGGAGGCUGUUCGAGCACUACGUCACCAUCUCCAACAAGUUGGUGGGCGUGCUGCUCCGAGCCAGGAGGCAGGGUCUGGUUCACUUUGACGGGGAGAUGCUUUGGCAGGGGCAGGACGAUCGCGUGGUGAUCACUCUGCGGCAGUGACCGGAGGCCAUGCACCGACCACACACGUCAGGGUUCGUCGCGGCAGAGGCCCCUUGACGGAGCACGGAGCAACCAUAUGGAGAGCCAAGAAGGCCACUAACUGGCCCUAGAAUGGCGCGGUAAAAGUGCUAAACCGCACGGAAACCGUACGGUUUCCAUACAACCAGGACUAACGCUAAUAGAGCGCUGCCGAAAGACUGUAGGCCUAUUUGUGGUCUCGCUGUCUUGGCUCAAAGUGUGCUUGUUUGAAACCACGUUGACAAGAAGUCUGAAUACGGAUUCCUUUUUUCCAUUUGCCAUCACUGUAUUUCCCGGUUGAGUAUGACCUAAUGUGUGUCGGAAGAUAACAUCCAAGUGAAUUUUGACACCCCUAAUGGAGCAGAUUCGAUUAAGGACACCCCAGUUGCGCAACCCCAUCUUCUUUUUUUCUACUGCUCACUCACUGAAAUAUUCUUAACAUCCUCCGAUUACAUUUCUGAUAGAGGUUGUUUGACAUGUCACAGGGAUGUCGUUCAACAGGCUUAUUCCCUUUAAUACAAUUCAAUCAUGACCUCAUUCAAAAUGAAAAACCUAUAGGAAGGGAAGAAAAGAUCGAAUUGUACUGGUUCAAUAGGAUCCUUGACCAUUCCAUUAAAGAUAAGUGGAUGAGGAGGGCUGGGAUGCGGCCAGAGGGCUGCUUGUUUAGAGAACAUGAGGCUGCCCGUGACAGACAAUAUGGUGCUAUAGAAUGAACCUGAAACCACGAGCUGGGGCCAGCAUUUGUAUCCUGCUUAAGUCUGCAUUCACUCAAUACAAUCCAUGUAGUUCAAAGGCGAGUACUUGCAUUGUGUUUAUUUUACAAGAACAUUCGUAGUCAGUUGUAUU